AUGGAUGAUAAGCCAACGCCGUCUUCUUUGGGCGAUAUCGACGCUACAGUACCUACAUCUAAUCCGGAAAGCAUUGCGCCUCUCAGUGUACGCUCCGACGCGGAUCAUGUUCCGCACUCCCACAUCGGAGUACACCACGCGCAUUCUGAAGCACUGAUACAUGGCCACUCCGCAACGGACAUUGUCACCUCUAUGCAAACGAUCCAGCCCAGUGCCUUGACAGUUGAAGAUGCCGAGGAGAUCCCCGUCGGAUCAGUUCAUCUUGGGCCGUCCGAAUUCGCGGUCACCCUCCCUAUGGAUUCGCGCGUAAAAGAUUAUUAUGAGAGGGUCAUAGCAGAUGCAUCUCCAAUGCUGAAAGAUAUCUUGCCAGGCUCGGCGCGCUUUACCCAGAUGGCGUCUUCAAAGCGGGACUCACUUCUGUCUAAGAUUCAAGAAAUUGUGAUCAAGUUGAACAAUGUAGCAAUUCAUCCAGAUCUGAACAUUGUUCAACAUGUGUUAUACGAAGACUCCAAGCUCGAUCGGGAGGCCGAGUGGGCUGAGUACUCGAGCGCCAAGUUUCGAUUACUUGGAUGGCUAAUCAGAGUGGGCUGUGAUCAUGAUCUCCAUGUGAUUCUUGCUGUUUCAGGCGACGAUAAACGUCGCAUUCUUGAACGUUACCUUCUCGGAAAAGGCUUCAAAUACACCAAGCCCCGAGACCAACUUGGGGGCAACAUGGAGAUUUCACUGCAAAAGGAUGCCUUGAGCUUUGCCAUUCAUUUCGAUGACAGUGUGCGGGAGACCUUCAGACCGCCAUCUGCUGUAUUUGUAUUUGACACAUCCUACAAGCUCGAAAGCCCCGCUGUCCAGCAUAUGAGGACAACUUACUCAAGGAACGGCGCCCUUCUGCCCGUGAUCUGGUUUCUCAUCUCCAAUUCGUGUGAGCACAUUGAGCGUUGUCUACCUCCACUUCCAGAAUCCGAGCGACUGGGUCUUCUCAUGCAGUACACUGCUUCGCUUGUUGAAGAAGUCGGAGACCUUCAGGACGAUGCUUUGAAUGUGUGCGAAGACGCCGAGGAAAUUCUGCGUUUUCUGUCAGACCCAUUUGCUGCCUGGUCGCUGCCAAUCAUCGAGCCUCUGCCACUUGUUUCUUCUAACGAAUCAGGUUCAACCCCUCUCUCUUCUGACGAAGUUGUGCGUGGUGCCCAGAAACGUGCUUUGGAGCAUGACCAAGAUUUUGAGGAUUACCUUUUGAAAAGGGCGAAAUUCGAUACUCAAGACACAAGUCAAAUGACACAAUCAACAAAGCCUCCCAGCCAGAGUCUUGAUCACGACCUUCAAUCACUGGAGAAAAAUCUCGUGCAAAUGAAGGCUAUUCAUGAAUCGGAGAAAAACGCUCUCCAGAACGAGUUGUCUCAAAGUCUUGCUCGCCUGCGGCAACUGGAAGCUUCUCUUGGCGAUGUGCAGCACCGUUACGAAAGUCGGACAAGAGAAUUACACAAAAUCCGUCAAGAACGCGACAAAUUGAUCGAUGGCAAAACGGCCUUGGAGCAAAAAGUUGAAAAGCAAAAGGAGGGGAGUUUGAAGUUGAAGGAAGAGCGCGUUCAGCUUCAAGCGGAGCUGGAAAAGACACGACAGGAAAUCAAAGAUGGCGGUGGCCCCCUCUCCGAACUCGAAUUGCUUCGGGAAGAGAAUCGCCGUCUAACAGCGGAGAAAGCUAGCCUCGAGCGAAAGGCAGAAUAUGAAAAGAACCAGGCGGAAUACACACGCGAGCAGUACCAGACUGCAUCUCGAGUUGCCGCGCAGGCAGGCAGCGAACUUCGUCAACUGCGGGACGAAAAAGAGUCAUUGGCGCGCAAAGUCCAGGGCAACGCCGUCCAGCUGCGGGAGAUGAAUAACAAAACCGAUUCAUUGCGCCAUCUUGCUAGAAUCAGCGAGCUGGAGCUAAUCCUCGCGUCCCGUGAUGAUCUUUUGCGGAAGAAAGAAGACGAGUUACGUGAAAUCCGCAAGAACCGACCAUCAACCCGUUCCACCAGCACUCAGCCUCGUAGUCCAAAGUGGGCUACGAGUAGCCGACCCACGAGCCCGGGAGUUGGCUACAACAGCAACGGCAACGGCAAUGGCAACGGGAAUGGAAAUGGUCUUGCUGGUCGAGGCAGUGCGUUACGGUUUAGCUCUGAAAUGCCGUUCUAA